AUGGGGCGGCGGCGGCGUUGGGUGGGCCAAGUGGCCGGGACCCGGGCUGGGGCCCUGCCCGAGGCCAUCGCCGCUCUGAGUCGGACGCUGUCCGCAGGGCCCAGCCCCGAGACUUUCCGUCGCGCCAAGUUCGACUUCCCGGAGGCGGCCCCCCCGCUCUGGCGCCUGCUCUUCUAUGUGCUCUCACCGCUCUCGGAGGACGACAUCGCUGCCUCGCUAACCCCCGAGGCCCGGGUCCGCUUGGUGAAGUCAGCAAUGCGCGCCCAGGGUUACCCUCGGCUGGCGUUCUCUCGGCUUCCGGAGGAUGGCUCCCAGGGCAGCCGCGAGCUCCUGCUGGCCCUGUCCUGGCUCCUGGCCCGAGGGCCCCUGCUCGAGCGGCUGCUGGCCCGGACUCGCGUCCGGCUGGGGGACGAGAUGCCGGUGUGCGAGUGUGAGGACCUACCCUGUGGCAGGGCCAGCCCUGGCCCGCCUACCCUCUGCAAAGACACCGAGGGCUGCGUGGACGUGCGCCAUGUGCAGUGGCUGAUGGGAAAGCUGCGAUUCCGGUGGCGGAACCUCAUCUGUAGUCAUCAGGCGCAGUGCGCUCUCCUGAGCAAGAUUCAUGAGUACACCCUGGGCUGCCACAGCGACCAGAGCCUCAACCAUCUUUCUGCUGCCGAAACGGAACUGCUCAGGGACCCGGAGGGUGGCCAGCAGCUGCUGCAGAUGCUGGAGUUUGAGAACAUGCGCUUAGAGGCCGCUCUCGAGUGGCGGCGCCUGGAGCAGGUCUUCUGGCAAUGGAUGGACACGGUCCUGGGUGCCUGCCCCCCGGACUUCCCCCACGCUGGCUCACAGUCCACGUUUCUGCCCAGCAUCCCUGACCCAGGGGCUGGGGAGCUGGACCUGGUAGCUCGGGAGCUGCAGGCCCUGCAGGUGGAGCUGCGGGAGGCCGUGGAGGUGCGGCGGGCAGCGUGGGAGGCCCAGGUCCGGGGCCUGAGGCCUGAGCGCAGUGCCGAGAUGCGGGCCUUGAAGGAGGCUGUGGGGCGGGAGCUGGCGACCCUGCAGCAGGCCUGGGAGCGAGAAGGGGGCCCGGUCCGGCCCCACAGGCCCCACCGACUGGUGAGGAGUGAGGCCGGGGCUCUGCCAGGCCAGGGUCUGUGGGCCGCUGAGGCCAUUGGGGCACUGAGGAACAAGGAGGCCUGCCUGGAGGCGGUGCUGUGCUGGCUGCAGGGACAGUGUCAGCAGGAGCUGGCCAGGUUGGCAGGAGCCCUGCCGGGAGUCAUCUGGAUCCCACCACAUGGACGCUGAGGACUUCGGCUGCAUCGUCCCCAGUGGGAACCUGGCUGGCUAAUCCUGCCCUGGUGACAACA